AUGACGACCGAGAUUCUUGGUCUACCAGAUGCUGAGAUUGAUCGGCUUCUUGCCGAGGCUGAAUCUCGGCUAUCUCGCAGUGGCAGCUCUGACGCUGGACCGGUAGCUACCGCAACCGCGGCAAAGGUUCCGGCCACUGCUACGGCAGUUCUCAAAUCGACUGCUGAGGAGCAGACAGCUGUCUCAAAGAAGUCUGAGGAGCUGGCAGUUCGGAUUCCCCAGCUUGCCCAGAAGAAGAAGGGACCCAAGGACACCCUUGACGAUUGGUAUAACCUACCUCGCACGAACCUGACGCCCGAGCUACAACGCGACUUGCGGCUGCUGAGGAUGCGCGACGUUGUUGCCAUGGGAAAGCAAUUCUUCAAGAAGGACUCCCGUAAGAGUUUCAUUCCCGAGUACUGCCAUCAAGGCACCAUCAUCGCGGGGGCUACCGACGGCGUCAACGGCCGCCUGACGCGCAAGGAGAGGAAGCGGACCAUCGUGGAGGAGGUUCUGUCAGGCGAGAACCUUUCCAAGUUCAAGAGCAAAAGAGUCCAGGAGGGGUCCGCAGAGAUGAGCUCACCACGGUUAAUACGGCCACUACGGCCUGUCCUUCAGGGGCAAUCGCCCCUUAUAACCCCCCGGUCAGCACAGAUAGGCGUCCCGCGGGCCUCGACACAGUUUCGCACCAAUGCCUCGAUCAAAAGCCAGACGGAGCCAAGUCCCGGCACGAAAAUCUCGCGCCUGCCGCGUGCGCUCGAGGCGCUGUACCUGAAGCCGCUCCGGCGGCAGGCCGAGUACGGGGUGCCGACGUGCAACCUGCAGCUGCGGUCGUACUCAGUGCGCAACCUCGAGUUCUUUUGCGACUUUGCGCUGCGGGCGGCCUACUACGCGGGGCUCCCCGCGUACGGGCCGGUGCCGCUGCCGCGCAUGGUGGAGCGGUGGACGGUGCCCAAGUCGACCUUUAUCUACAAGAAGUCGCAGGAGAACUUUGAGCGCAUCACGCUCCGCCGCCUGAUCCAAAUCAAGGACGGCCACCCGGAGACGGUGCAGCUGUGGCUGGCGUUUCUGCAGAAGCAUGCCUACUACGGGAUUGGUAUGAAGGCGAAUGUUUGGGAGUUUAGCAAGUUGGAUGUCGCCAAGGAAAUGGAUAAGACGGCCGCAGAGGCGGAGAAAUUGCUCGAGGACAAGUGGCAGCAUAUGAGCUACCUCGAGAGGCGACCAGAACACAAGCCCCAUUCCAAGGGUCCGAGAGAGCAGUUCCCUGCUCCGGAGGAAAUUGAGGAGUAUCUGGCGACAGAGAGACGACGAAUUUCUGGGGGCCGUUAUGGCCAAAGAUGCUCUUUCACAACACUUGGGACAGAUACGCUGCGUAAUGAAAACGCCUCUGAGGUAGCAUCCGAUUCCGAUGAGCGCGUCAUCUUCUCGGGCAUCCAGCCCACCGGCGUACCGCAUCUGGGCAACUACCUCGGAGCUCUACGCGAGUGGAAGCGCAUGCAGGACGGGGCCAGCUCGAAAACGAGGCUGCUCUUUUCCAUCGUCGACUUGCACGCCAUCACGGUGCCGCGGCCCAGGGAGGAGCUUCUCCAGAACAGACUCGAGAUGCUGGCCGCCCUGCUCGCCAUCGGACUCGACCCGAACCGCUCUACCAUCUUUUACCAGUCGGCAGUGGAGGCGCACUCGGAGCUGCAGUGGAUCCUGAGCUGCACCGCGUCGACGGGCUACCUGUCGCGCAUGACGCAGUGGAAGGCCGCCGACGUCCUCGUGCAUCGUGCCACCCACGUCCCCGUGGGCGAGGACCAGCGGCAGCACCUCGAGUUCGCCCGCGAGUGCGUCACCAACUUUAACCACACCUACAAAACGGACUGCCUGGUCGCACCGCAGACUCUUAUCGCCCCAUCCAAGCGGAUCAUGUCCCUCACGGACCCGAGCAAGAAGAUGUCCAAAUCAGACCCAUCACCCAUGUCCCGGAUCCUGAUCACCGACUCGCGCGCCGAGAUUGAAACCAAGAUCAAAAAGGCCCGUACCGACAGCAUCGAGCUGGUCACGUACGAGCCCGAGACCAGGCCGGCCGUGGCCAAUCUCGUUGACAUCCUGUCCGCGUGCGACCCGCUCGGCCGUACCCCGGCGGAGCUGGCCGAUGGGGACCUGAAGGGGCUUCGCAGCCCGGAACUGAAAGCGGCUGUGGCCAGUGCCGUUUGUAGGGAGCUCGAGGAGGUCCGGGAACGUUAUUUGGGGCUUGUUAGUCGAGGAGAUUAUCUCCGGGAGGUUGCGCAGGAUGGGACGAGGAAGGCGAAGGAAAGUGCGGGGAGGACUAUGAGGCUGGUCAGGGAGGCUGUGGGCUUGGUUUGA